UUCUUUGUCGUAUAACUAAUUUCCUGCUAAUUUUCCGAUCCAUCGACUCAUUACCCAUUUAGUAUUACAUGUAAAUUACUUCCAAAAACCAGAACUCCAUAGCUUUGUGGGUUUCUUUUAACUUCCAUUUGCAUACUCAUUCUAGGUUUUGUUCUUAAAUGUUAUAGUGCGAGUAAAAAGUGUAUUGGGUUUUAGCUGGAUUAGUCUAGUGGGUUCUAUUACUGAAAUUUGGUCAUUCAAAUAGAAUAGUUUUGUAGUGGUAAGCUUAUUGGUUGGUCAUUGUGAGUGUUGAUUCUUGAAAAGGGGUCAAAGUUUUAAGACAUUGUUUAUUGAAGUCAUGGUUUCAAUUGCGAAAACUUUCUUGAUGUCACCUAAUUCUUCUUUGAAAUCAAGGUAUAAGCCUCGGUUUCAAAUUCGGGUUCAGAGUUUAGAUAGUGAGGAUUUGACGUUGGUGUCUCCGGUUGCUGUUAAUGGAGUUUCUUCUGUUGGGGAGAAAGAGAGAAUUGAGUCAUUGCCUGAUAGGGGGAAUGUGAGAUUGGGUUUAAAUGGAGGGAGCAAGAAGAGGCAGGAUGUUGCUCCAGAAAAAUUGGAGAUGUUGUGGGAUGAUGGAUAUGGGACUCAGACUGUGAAAGAUUGCCUUGAUGCUGCCAAGGAGAUAAUUAAGCCCGAUGGCGGGCCGCCUCGGUGGUUUUGCCCUGUUGAAUGUGGGCGGCCGAUAAAAGAUUCACCAGUUCUUCUGUUUUUGCCGGGAAUGGAUGGGCUUGGAUUGGGUCUCAUUUUGCACCAUAAAGCUCUUGGGAAAGUUUUUGAGGUUCGGUGCAUGCACAUUCCUGUUUAUGAUCGAACACCAUUUGAAGACUUGGUGAGAUUUGUUGAAGCAGCUGUGAGGUUUGAGCAUGCAUCAUCUCCAAAUAAACCAAUUUAUCUGGUGGGAGAUUCCUUUGGAGGAUGCCUAGCACUCGCCGUUGCUUCUCGUAAUCCUAGCAUUGACCUAGUAGUAAUAUCAGUUAAUCCAGCAACGUCAUUCAGCAGGUCGCAGCUACAACCUUUGUUCCCCCUAUUAGAGGCUUUGCCUGAUGUACUUCAUAUUACCAUCCCUUAUCUUCUUAGCUUCGUUAUGGGUGAUCCAUUGAAAAUGGCAACGGUCAGUGUCGAGAGUGCACUUCAUCCUGCUCUAGUACUUGAACAAUUGUCUGGCAACCUUACUGCUAUGCUUCCACGUCUUUCUGGCUGGGCUGAUAUUUUACCCAAGGAAACUCUUCUUUGGAAGCUGAAGCUAACUAAAUCAGCUGCUGCUUAUGCUAAUUCCCGCCUCCAUGCCAUCACAGCUGAAGUACUUGUGCUUGCGAGUGGCAAGGAUAACAUGCUUCCUAGUGGAGAUGAAGCUCAAAGGCUUUCAAGUUCACUACAGAACUGCAAAAUUCGGUAUUUUAAGGACAAUGGGCAUACCAUUUUAUUGGAAGAAGGCGUUAAUCUGUUGACUAUUAUUAAAGGUACUUGCAAAUAUCGUCGUUCAAGCAGACGGGAUUAUGUCAUGGAUUUUCUGCCUCCUAGCGCCUCAGAAUUCAAAGAGACACUUGAAAGAAACAGAUUAUUUCGCUUAGCUACUAGUCCAGUUAUGUUUUCAACUUUGGAAGAUGGAAAGAUAGUAAGAAGUCUUGCAGGGGUUCCAAAUGAAGGACCUGUCUUAUUAGUUGGUUAUCACAUGUUGAUGGGAUUUGAGCUUGUUCCACUUAUUGAAGAAUUCUUGAGAGAGAAGAACAUAUUGGUUCGUGGCAUCGCACAUCCGCAGUUAUUUACGCAGCAAGCUGAAGGUCACUCCGAUUUUCUUUCUUUCUUUGAUUCGAUUAGACUGUUUGGUGGAACACCUGUCUCACCAAGCAACCUUUUCAAAUUGCUAUCUACAAAAUCACAUGUGCUGCUUUAUCCCGGUGGGGCACGUGAGGCUCUCCAUCACAAGGGUGAAAUGUAUAAGUUAUUUUGGCCUGAACAACCUGAGUUCGUUAGGAUGGCAGCAAGGUUUGGGGCCACCAUUUUACCAUUUGGAGUUAUUGGAGAAGAUGACAUGGCAGAACUAGUACUUGAUUACAACGACGUGAUGAGAAUCCCUGUACUUAAUGACCACAUUAGAAAAGCUAAUCAAGACGGUAUAAGAUUGAGGGCUGAAAUGGAUGGGGAGAUUGCCAACCAACAUCUGUUUUUUCCGGGCGUUUUGCCCAAGGUUCCCGGUCGCUUUUACUAUCUUUUUGGAAAGCCAAUACAAACAAAGGGAAAGAAAGAGAUGCUGAAAGACCGACGAAAUGCAAAAGAAUUGUACAUGCAGAUAAAAUCCGAGGUUGAACGCAGUAUGGCUUAUUUGAUUAAGAAGAGGGAAGAAGACCCUUAUAGGGGUAUCAUUGAAAGAACCGUAUAUCGUGCAGCUUUUGCUCCCACAGAUCAAGUCCCAGCAUUUGAACCAGAGCAACUGGUUUAGAAUGGUAGAUCAUUUUAUUUUUAACAAACCCGUCAUUGUAUACAUGGAAUGUCGUUUAUGUAUGAUAUAUGUUAUUCAUAAAACAAUAUUGUUUUUGUACAAAAUUUGUGUGAGCCUAAUUUUAUCGUCAAAGACAUCAAUAUAUGGUCUAGAUAUGCAUCUGGUGGUA